UUUGUAUUGAAGUACUUUUGUUUGUACUAUUUUGUACUAGCACAUAGUAUAAAUUUUAUUUAGAUUUUUAUUAAUAUUUAUCCUACUUAUUUGUUAAUAUUUACAUAUAAAUAAGUAAACUAGAAGAACAAAUUUUAUUCAUAAUUCAAUCCCCACUAAAAUUUUACUCCCACGUGUCCCUAUAUUUUCUGCAGACAAAAAUCGGUUCAAAGUCCAGAUGUACAAUCUCCUUCUUCAUAUAUAAAAUAUAUCAUUUAAAGUUCAAUGUUCAGUGAAUAACUAACUUUAAUUAAGGGAACUUUCCAUUUUGUCAAUUAUUUUUGAAGAAAAGUCAAGAUGUUGAAGAAUUUCGUUGUAUUGGUCACUGGAGGAGCUUCAGGUCUCGGUCGUGGUACAGUGGAAAGAUUCAUUAAACAAGGAUCGAGAGUUGUUAUUGCUGAUUUGCCAACUUCCUCAGGUGCUACAUUUGCUUCCGAUUUGGGUGAAAAUGCAAUUUUUGCACCUAUGAAUGUAACUUCCGAAGAUGAUGUAAAGAAAGCUUUGGCAAUGACAAAAGAAAAAUUCGGCAAACUCGAUGGUGUUGUGAAUGCAGCGGGAAUUGCUGUUGCCUUCAAAGUUUACAAUCAUAAUAAAAAGACCUAUCAUUUAUUGGAAGAUUUUGCAAAGGUAAUUAAUGUUAAUCUUAUUGGUACAUUUAAUGUUAUAAGAUUGUCAGCUGGAAUUAUGGCGGAAAAUACACCAAACGAAGAUGGACAACGUGGUGUUAUUGUUAAUACUGCAAGUGUUGCUGCUUAUGAUGGACAAAUGGGACAAUGUGCCUAUUCGGCAAGUAAAGCAGGUGUUGUUGGUAUGACAUUGCCAUUGUCACGUGAUUUGGCAUCAAUUGGAAUACGAGUUUGUACCAUUGCUCCAGGUCUUUUUAAUACACCAAUGCUUCAAUCAUUACCAGAUAAAGUUCGUCAUUUUCUCGCACAAACAGUACCAUUUCCACAACGACUUGGUCAUCCCGAUGAAUAUGCUCAUCUCUGUCAAUCGAUAGUUGAAAAUCCAUUACUCAAUGGAGAGACAAUUCGUCUUGACGGUGCUCUACGUAUGCAACCAUAAAAAAAAAAAAACAGUUUUCUCGACAUUUUAUAAACAUUUUUUUUAUUGACAAUAUUUUUUCAUAAAAAAAAGAAAGAAAUAGCGCAAAAAGUAAAAUGCGUUUUCUAAAUAAUAAAAUUAGUUCUGCAAAAAAAAAUUCCCGCUUUUUUCCAAUGAUGGGGUAUUUUAUUUUAAAUACAAUUAAAAAGAAAUCUUAUUUUUUACGUAAAUUAAAUAAUUAUUUAAUUGGAAUUUAAUUUAUAAUUGAAUGAUCGGGAAAUUUGGAAAUAAAAGAAAAUAAUUCAUUUUCCAUGCAA